AUGACAUCCCGCACAUCGCUUGAUAAUUCCGUACCACACUCAUUUUUCGAUACGAUAAUGGCCAGAGCGGUACUGAUAACUAACCUCUUGAAAAGAACAGAAUCUCUUUUUUCAAGGAAAUCUGCCGUAAUUCUGUUUAUAUUAGUGCUAAUUUUUACCACGCAAUUGUUUAUGAAGUGGAAUAUUCUAUUCGAAUUCGGAAUGUUAAUUAUUGUAGCUCUUCUUGAUGACAUUGUGUUGAAAAUAUCCCUGUGCAUAGCUAUAAUCGGUUUUUACAGUUCAAUUAAUUAUUUGCAAAUCAUAAAAUAUUAUCGUAAUGAUGGUUUGGAGGAGGCUUUGAAGACUUUUGGUAACUACGGAACGACUAGCUGA